AUGGCGGCCAAGAAGCAAAUGCAGAUGUUAGUGACCCGCUUCGAGCGCCUGUCGCGACGCAUCAGUCUGGCGGGCUUGUUGUCCAACCAUCAAGCGACGGAGGCCAUCGCCCAGGGCAGGGUCCAGGUAGAUGGAACAGUGGCGGCGAGCAACUUCAAGGUUUUUCAAGAAGCAUAUGUGACUUUAGAUGGGGUGAAUGUACCACCACCUGAGCCUGAACCAAAGUUGUGGGCCAUGUUCAAACCCAGGAAAGUCCUUUGUGAGAACCUGGAGCGAGAGGACACCAAAACUCUGCGGAGCCGCAUGCGACGUUGGUACGACAAGGAAGCGGACCGUGUUGGAAAGGCGGCUUCGGCUGGCUUGGAGGAGGAGAGCUUGAAGGAUCGGCAUUGGGUCAUCGUGACCGGCCUGGCGUAUGCCCAUGAUGGCCUGGUGCUGUUGACCAACGACGGCAUUUUUGCGGAAACCCUUUCGAGUGCUGAAGCCAACGUCCUCAGUGCGUUUGAUUGCAAGAUCCAAGGUGAUCCCCCCGUCGACUUGCUGCACCAGUGGCGCACAGGGGCGCGAGCUGCGGGUGUGAACUAUGGAAGAGUCUUCUGCUCGGUGAAGAAACGCACGGGCGCCACUUUUCGUCUGCGCGUGAGAUAUGUGGAAUCUCCGGAGCGACCUAUCGAUAUGUUGUUGGAUGCACACCGCAUGCGAAUCCAAACGGUGCGACGCUAUUCCUUUGGGCCGUAUAUCGUGACAGAUAUCCCUGCGGACAAAGUGGUACGCAUCCCGAUCCACAAGAGUCUCAGGCAUUUGAUUCCUGUUGCCGACAUGCGACAGACCUUGGUGCCGCUGCAUGGUGCCAUGAUGGAGGAUGGGCACUCGCGGAAGCCACGACUGGAAAACUCCGCGGUGGAGAUGGAGGUGGUCUUUGAAUCACAGCCCGUGCAUGGCUAUUUGGAGGCGCUACUCUUUGAGGGUCAGCCCCUGGAGGGCGAGCUACUCUUUGAGGGUCAGCCCCUGGAGGGCGAGCAGACGCUGCUGGAGUUCUUGGGCCCUACUCUGGGCGACGCGCCGAGGCGCUUUACAGCCGUGGUGGUGCCCGUGGAUUUUCGCCCCAAACCCGGUUCUUACGACGCACGGCUCGCCGUGGACGCCGAGACGGGUCGCAGGGUGACGCUGGGGGGGGAGCGCACGCUGCCUGGCGGGCCAGGGCAUAUGUACCCAGCAGCUAUCGGGGCUGCCUUCAAGCCUGGUCUUGCGCAGUACUUCGAGGCAGGGUCGAGGAUACUUGCCACCGAAAAAAAGUCCAUGUGCUGGGUCAGAUCUGGUCACGUACAGCCCCAGGAUGGGCUAGGGGAGCUCGUGAGCUUUCGUAUGGGCGUUUGCCGUAGCUUUCCAGAUACCUACCUGGGCAAAAAUGCCGAUGCAGCAUCCUUCUGGUUUGACGACGGGGACGCUUACACCGAAGGUGAGCGGUUCCAUGCCGGUGGCUUGGAGAUGAACGUGCCCAUGAUUCAAGACGACCUGGUUGGCGUGCUGGUGGAUCUGAGGAGCCCCGAGUCCUUCUCCUUGGAAUUCGUACUGAACCAAGCACUGGACCAGACCGUCGCAUGUCCAAUGUCUAUGUGGAAGGCGAGCCUCUCUAUCCCUGCGUGA